GGAGCCGGAUGCGGGCGGUGCCGCGGCCGCUGCUGCCCUGGGGAUGGGCGGAGCCCCGGCCGCCAGUGCUGGUGGCCGCUGCGAGCGGCCGCCUCUGCUCCCGCGCGUCGCUGCUUCCCAAGGCGGCGGUAUGCUGGGGAAAGGGGUAGUCGGCGGUGGCGGCGGCACCAAGGCGCCCAAGCCCUCCUUCGUGUCUUACGUGCGCCCCGAGGAAAUUCACACAAACGAAAAGGAAGUAACAGAGAAGGAAGUAACUCUUCACUUGUUGCCAGGUGAACAGCUGCUCUGUGAAGCCAGCACGGUACUGAAGUGUGUCCAGGAAGAUUCCUGUCAGCGUGGAAUCUAUGGGAGGCUUGUCUGCACAGACUUCAAGAUUGCUUUCUUGGGCGAUGACGAAUCUGCCUUGGAUAAUGAUGAAACGCAGUUUAAGAAUAAGGUUAUAGGAGAAAAUGACAUUACCCUCCACUGUGUUGAUCAGAUUUAUGGAGUGUUUGAUGAGAAAAAAAAGACUCUCUUUGGACAGCUGAAGAAAUACCCUGAGAAACUCAUCAUCCACUGCAAAGACCUCCGGGUAUUCCACUUUUGUCUGAGGUACACAAAAGAAGAGGAAGUCAAAAGGAUUGUCAGUGGCAUAAUCCAUCAUACCCAGGCCCCUAAACUGCUUAAACGAUUGUUUCUGUUUUCCUAUGCGACUGCAGCACAAAACCACACAGCUACUGACCCCAAGAACCAUGCCGUAAUGUUUGACACACUUCAGGACUGGUGUUGGGAGCUGGAGCGGACCAAAGGCAACAUGAAGUACAAAGCAGUGAGUGUCAAUGAAGGCUAUAAAGUCUGUGAAAGGUUGCCAGCAUACUUUGUUGUCCCCACCCCUCUUCCUGAGGAGGACGUGCCGCGCUUCCAGGGUCAUGGCAUACCAAUAUGGUGUUGGUCCUGCCACAGCGGACGUGCCCUUUUGAAGAUGUCAGCGCUGCCCAGAGAACAGGAUGACGGCAUUUCACAAAUCCAAAAGAACUUCUUGGAUGCAAUUUAUAAGACCAUCCACAGGCCACCCUAUGAAAUCGUUAAAACUGAAGACCUGUCAAGCAACUUCCUAUCCCUGCAGGAAAUCCAGACGGCCUACUCUAAAUUUAAACAGCUGUUCCUGAUAGAUAAUAGUACCGAAUUUUGGGACACAGAUAUAAAAUGGUUUUCCCUGCUGGAAAGUAGCAGCUGGCUUGACAUAAUCAGACGCUGCCUGAAAAAAGCAAUAGAGAUUAUAGAAUGUCUAGAAGCCCAAAACAUGAACGUUCUUCUUUUAGAGGAGAACGCCUCCGACCUCUGCUGCCUCGUUUCCUCUCUGGUGCAAGUGAUGAUGGACCCCCACUGUCGAACCAGGUUCGGUUUCCAGAGCCUUGUCCAGAAGGAGUGGAUCGUGGGCGGGCACUGCUUCCUGGACCGCUGCAACCAUCUACGUCAGAGUGACAAGGAGGAGGUCCCCGUGUUCCUGCUCUUCUUAGACUGUGUCUGGCAGCUGGUGCACCAGCAUCCCCCAGCGUUUGAGUUCACGGAGACAUACCUGACCGUUUUGUCAGAUAGCCUGUACAUACCUAUCUUUAGCACCUUCUUCUUCAAUUCGCCUCAUCAAAAAGAUACAAACAUGGGCAGGGAAAGCCAGGGUGCACAAAGCAAGCCUUUGAAUCUGCUCACCGUGUGGGAUUGGUCUGUGCAGUUUGAACCCAAAGCCCAGAUGUUGCUCAAAAACCCUCUUUACGUGGAAAAGCCAAAACUGGACAAAGGCCAGCGGAAAGGAACGCAUUUCAAACAUCAACGACAACUUUCUUUGCCACUCACCCAAUCUAAAUCAUCUCCCAAAAGAGGAUUUUUCAGGGAAGAAACAGAUCAUUUAAUUAAAAACCUUCUGGGCAAGAGAAUUAGCAAACUGAUUAAUUCCUCUGAGGAGCUGCAGGACAACUUCCGAGAGUUCUACGACAGCUGGCGCAGCAAGCCCCCGAACUACCACGGGCUACUGCUGCCUCACAUCGAGGGCCCAGAGAUCAAAGUGUGGGCCCAGCGCUACUUGCGGUGGAUUCCGGAGGCCCAAAUCCUGGGGGGUGGCAGAGUGGCCACCCUGAGCAAACUCUUGGAGGUGAUGGAGGAAGUCCAGCGCCUACAGGAGAAAAUCGAGGAGAGACACCACAGCCAGGAGGCCCUCCAGGCAGAGGCCGCCUCGCUGCUGAGGACCUCGGCCCGCCUGUCCUCCUUGUUCCCUUUUGCGCUGCUGCAGCGCCAUUCCUCCAAGCCAGUCCUGCCCACCAGCGGGUGGAAAGCUCUGGGAGAUGAAGAAGACUUGGCCAAGCGAGAAGAUGAGUUUGUGGAUCUAGGGGAUGUGUGACUGGUCUGCUCAGUGGCGGUGAGAGAGGAGUGUCACAGGCUGAGGCAGGAGCCAGAUACGUCCGCUGGGUGCAUCGGGCCGUCGCGCUGAAGCUGACUGCCAGGAGGAAGCCUGGGCCUUCAGGAAAAGAGCUGGUUCUCAUUUUCCCCCCCCAUGGUUCUGAAAGACUAUGCAAUUAAAACCAUAGCUCUAGUAUUAUUAGUGGAAAGGAGUUACUGCUUGACCCAUAGUACAACUGUGGCCAGUGUCUUCUGCAUUAGUAUCAUACAGACCCUGCGGUAGCUGGUUUACUACUUAGAAAGGGCCUUGGUAAGAUGUGCUUGGACUCCAUACUGUCUUCAGAUCUUUGCUGUGCCAACGUGAUUUAUCCAGUCGCCGGGAGUAGUAAGUGUCUCUCUAGCCCUUCUCGGUUCGGAACAAGUCCAGCUUUACCUGAUGUGUGUGUGGCGAGUUGAGAGAUUCAAAUAGAGGUAUUUAGAUGUAUGGCCUUCAUUUCCAAACCUUAGCAUCGUUCCUUUCUGUGUCCUCUUGCCACGCGUGUCACCAUCCUGACAUGUCCCAGCAUCCUCAGGCUGUGUCACUUUAUGUGGGACAGGGGACUGGCUCGUGGGCCGGCAACUCCGGGUCCCCUGCCUGCUCUGUACCCACUCGCCACUGCCCCUGCACGCUCCCCACCUUGGUGCACGUCGUCCCAGGAUCUUGCUGCUAAACCUGUUGGUCAAACUGGGGGACUCCCUUUGGUUUGCCCAGAGGAGCUUCCAUUUUUCUGGAGGCGCACAGUGUUUGAAAGCAGUUGCUCUGCCUUUUCCUAAUAGCACGCCGGGGCUUCAAGCGUCUGUGCCCGCCGUCCUCAAGACGGUUUCCCCAGAUUCUAUUACCUUAUAGACUGAUGAGUAGGAUCACUGUUGAACGUAGCUUUCAUAGGGAAGCGGUCAAGCAGAAAUAUCAGAAGUGAUGGUGAUCACAUAGUACCUCAGCGAUUUAAAAAGCCAUAGAAGAAACUUGACUAUGCCUGGUAACCUUCCUGGAUCUGCUGUCUAAAUGAUAUAUAUUUUUUAAAUGCAGGAAAGUACACUUUGUAAGGACCAGUUUUUUCAUUCUCCAUGGAACCCUGUUCAAUUCCACAAAAGGAAGGGGAAAGAAAUUAUCUCACAUUAGAAUGUUUCCUAUCGAAAGUUUGCCUUUUAUAUCUAUUCGUUCUCCAGUGUAGAUCCCAAUUUGAAUAUUGCCUGUUGAGAAAAGCUUUCAGUUGCUCAAGGGCAAUGAGAAAUUUUGAAACUAUUGACAAAGAGGAGUUUCUCGGUUUGCACUGGAUCGUCUUUUGUACACACAAGAAAUUGCUUUGCGGUCCUCCCCACGCCAUGUUGGUGUGUUAAGACAGUGGAGAUUGAGGGGAGGGGAGGAUUCAUGCAUCUGGGGCCAAACACAUGCCCAGUCCUGGUUGCCUUAAGAGUCUCACUAGUAAGGUCAGUGUUGGGCUUGCAGUGGGGAUUUUAAAAUGACCCUAGUUCGUUGGCUACCUUCUUGUACGUUCUGUGGGCCUUCUUAAACUAGCACUAACCUCCCUUUCCUGCCCCACUGCCUCCCAGGUACACUAUGGAGCUAACUAGUUUUGUUACCAUAUUAUAAUGGGAAUAUUUAUACAGUAGCCUCUUCAGUCUUAAGAUCUUAGUAAUUUUCAUUCCAAAAAUGCCUGGUGUGAUGCUUUACACUCCAUAAAGUAUGGUUUAAAGGCACAAGGUCACGGCCCCUGUCACAGUGGUUGAAUGUGCAUUGAAAUAUUUUUCUAUGAUUUUUUUUUUAUAAAAUUACGAUAGAAAAGUAAGCUGUUGUAAUAUGUAAGGUCAUGACAGUUUAUGUAUUUAUAUUUGAAAUCAGAUUUCUAUAAAGUUGUAUUUGUGUACAGGAUUCUCAGUGGGUUUAUAUAUUGUGACAUUUUUAUUCAAGAUUGAGAUGUGGAUUAUGCUUAACAGUAAAAGCUGAAAUGAGACCAUUUACUUUGUCUGAAAUGCUGCGCUGUGCACGUUUGGAAAUGUACAUUAACUUCCUGUAUAUAAUAUCUUGAGUUUGUUUAUACCUCCAAGUUUUUACACUGAAGAUAAAUUAGCUUUAAUUACAUUCAAAACUUUUUUUAAAAAAGGGAAUAAGCUGUUGGGCUAAAUCUGUAUAAAUGUGCUUUUUAUUUUCUGGAUGUACAAUGAGAGUUUAUACUUGUAUUUCACUGCAUCAUAUCCGAUUGCAGAAAUUAAAGCACAAUUUACAAUACUGUA